AUGAAGGCACUAGUAGCUUUAAUAUUGCUUGUUCAGCUUCCAAUUCUCAAAGCUGUACCAGCAGCUCCCCCUGCUCCCUUGGGCUGCGAUGACCCAGAAUCUGAAGCAGCAGCUGAAGUAGCUGUGAGUUAUAUUAAUGGCCACAGCCAUCACGGAUACAAGUUUGCCUUAAACAGAAUUGAGAAUAUCCGCGUGCUACCCCAGGGGCCGAAUAAUGACAUAAUCUUUCUUGAACUUGACUUAUUAGAGACCAAGUGCCACAUUCUCAGCCCUACGCCUCUUGCAAAUUGCACAGUAAGGAGCUUCACAGAGCAUGCAGUUGAGGGGGACUGUGAUGUCAAACUGCAGAAGUUGGAUGGAAAGUUGUCUGUGCUUGCUAGUAAAUGCCACUCACAUGCAGACUCAAGUGAAGAUGUUGUCCGACUCUGCCCUGACUGUCCACUGCUGGCACGUCUGAAUAACACCGAGGUAUUAACAACUGUUACAGCCGCGCUCAGUGCCCACAACAGCAAAACUACUGAUGCUUACCUCAGGCUCCUUGAGAUUGGAAGAGCCAACAUACAGUAUCACCCAGUGCAUACCGUCUUUGUUGAGUUUGCUGUGGCUGCCACGAACUGCUCAGCGGCAGAAGCUAAAGAUAAUGCGGAGGCUUGUCAACUGCUGCCUGACGAUCAGUCUAAUUUUGGUUUCUGCACAGCGUCAGAGGCAAUACGUCCCUUACAGGACCUCCAAGUGAACUGCCAGCUCUACGGACACCAGCCUGGAGUUACCUACUCUAAAGGUCAAGGUAUAUCAGCAGGACUGCAGCCCAGUGUUGUACAAGGCCACACAAACCAUAAUCUCAGGCUUUCCCACAAUAACCCUGUUGCAUCUGAAUCCAGCUCUUCAGAAUUUCCUUCCUCCAUCCUCGCAGCAAAAUCUGUAGCAAAGAGAGCGAUUGCAGAGGUUGCUCAGCAUGACAAAGUACCUCACCCAGUUGGCUUUGUGCCUCCUCCUCCUCCAUGCCCUGGGAAGAUUCGCCAUUUCAAGAUAUAG